AGUCGGGGGGAAGGUUCUAGAAAAGCGGCGGCAGCGGCUCUAGCGGCAGUAGCAGCAGCGCCGGGUCUGGAGUGGAGGUGCUCCAGCGGUGGUGUUUCUCGAGCAGCGGCAGUUCUCACUACAGCGCCAGGACGAGUCCGGUUCGUGUUCGUACGCGGAGAUCUCUCUCAUCUCGCUCGGCUGCGGGAAAUCGGGCUGAAGCGACUGAGUCCGCGAUGGAGAAAACUUUAGAAACUGUUCCUUUGGAGAGGAAAAAGAGAGAAAAGGAACAAUUCCGUAAACUCUUUAUUGGUGGCUUGAGCUUUGAAACUACAGAAGAAAGUUUGAGGAACUACUACGAGCAAUGGGGAAAACUUACAGACUGUGUGGUAAUGAGGGAUCCUGCAAGCAAAAGAUCAAGAGGAUUUGGUUUUGUGACUUUUUCUUCCAUGGCUGAAGUUGAUGCUGCCAUGGCUGCAAGACCUCAUUCAAUUGAUGGGAGAGUGGUUGAGCCAAAACGUGCUGUUGCAAGAGAGGAGUCUGGAAAGCCAGGGGCUCAUGUAACUGUGAAGAAACUGUUCGUUGGUGGAAUUAAGGAAGAUACUGAGGAACAUCAUCUUAGAGAUUACUUUGAGGAAUAUGGAAAAAUUGAUACCAUUGAGAUAAUUACUGACAGGCAGUCUGGAAAGAAAAGAGGCUUUGGAUUUGUUACUUUUGAUGACCAUGAUCCUGUGGAUAAGAUUGUGUUGCAAAAAUACCAUACUAUCAAUGGUCAUAAUGCAGAAGUAAGAAAGGCUUUGUCUAGACAAGAAAUGCAGGAAGUCCAAAGUUCUAGAAGUGGAAGAGGAGGCAACUUUGGUUUUGGAGAUUCUCGUGGUGGCGGUGGAAAUUUUGGACCGGGACCAGGAAGUAACUUUAGAGGAGGAUCUGAUGGAUAUGGAAGUGGCCGUGGAUUUGGGGAUGGCUAUAAUGGGUAUGGAGGAGGACCUGGAGGUGGCAAUUUUGGAGGUAGCCCUGGUUAUGGAGGAGGAAGAGGAGGAUAUGGUGGUGGAGGACCUGGAUAUGGCAACCAGGGUGGGGGCUACGGAGGUGGUUAUGACAACUAUGGAGGAGGAAAUUAUGGGAGUGGAAAUUACAAUGAUUUUGGAAAUUAUAAUCAACAACCUUCUAACUAUGGUCCAAUGAAGAGUGGAAAUUUUGGUGGUAGCAGGAACAUGGGGGGACCAUAUGGUGGAGGAAACUAUGGUCCAGGAGGCAGUGGAGGAAGUGGGGGUUAUGGAGGGAGAAGCAGAUACUGAGCUUCUUCCUAUUUGCCAUGGGCUUCACUGUAUAAAUAGGAGAGGAUGAGAGCCCAGAGGUAACAGAACAGCUUCAGGUUAUCGAAAUAACAAUGUUAAGGAAAAUCUUAUCUCAGUCAUGCAUAAAUAUGCAGUGAUAUGGCAGAAGACACCAGAGCAGAUGCAGAGAGCCAUUUUGUGAAUGGAUUGGAUUAUUUAAUAACAUUACCUUACUGUGGAGGAAGGAUUGUAAAAAAAAAAAUGCCUUUGAGACAGUUUCUUAGCUUUUUAAUUGUUGUUUCUUUCUAGUGGUCUUUGUAAGAGUGUAGAAGCAUUCCUUCUUUGAUAAUGUUAAAUUUGUAAGUUUCAGGUGACAUGUGAAACCUUUUUUAAGAUUUUUCUCAAAGUUUUGAAAAGCUAUUAGCCAGGAUCAUGGUGUAAUAAGACAUAACGUUUUUCCUUUAAAAAAAUUUAAGUGCGUGUGUAGAGUUAAGAAGCUGUUGUACAUUUAUGAUUUAAUAAAAUAAUUCUAAAGGAAA